AUCACAUUGAAAUGCAACCUUCUAACUGUCAAGAAUAAAAUUUUGAGAUGACACUAAUAGAGAUAAAGCUCAUUAGAGUUCUUCUGAUUUGCUUUCUGGGUGGCUUCAGCACUGCACAAUAUUCAGUGAGUGUGGAGAGACCAUGUCCAAUGGAAACAGUCACUUUCACUUGCACUGCUGCUGGAGAUUUCUUGAGAUGGGUACUGUCAGAUGUUACUCCCAUCGAUAUCCUCUCCACCUCUGAUCUCAAUGUACCACUAAUGCAUUCAGGUUACACUGUGAAACUAAUUGCAUUCAACGACACUACAUUAACAUCUAAUCUGUCAAGAACAGCAGAGAAUGGGAUCACUGUGUCCUGUGUGGGGGUUGUGCCUACUCUAACCACUAUUGGAUCUUCAAUGAUCCAAUUGGUUGAUCCACCAGGACCACCGUCCACCAUCAGACACUCCAUUCUGAGCAGCUCAGCCGAUGAAGUUAGUGUAUCUGUACAGUGGAACCCUCCAGCUGAGACUGGUGGUAGAGAUGACCUCACCUACUCAGUGAUCAUCUCACCUCUGGCCCAGCUCUCUGCUACUGUCCUCACAUCCACCUCUGUCACUGUGACUGCUCAAUACAAUAUGGACUACACUGUCAGUGUUGUGGCUACCAACUGUGCUGGGAACAGUACAACUGCUGACUACAACUUCAGAGUAGGCGGCUGUCCUGUGCUGACUAACCCCAUAAAUGUAGCCUUUGGACCAACCACCAGCAGAUUGCCAGGAUCCACGGUAACCAUCCAGUGUGAUGUUGGGUAUGUGUCUGCUGUUACAAUGGUGACAUGUGAGGGUACACUGAUGUGGAGUCCAGACCCUGAGGCUAUUGAGUGUACAUCACUAACCACACCCACUCCCACAACUCGUAAGUUUAAGCUCUUGGUUGUAUAUAUAGUAAUGGAUAUUCUUAUACAAUUCUAUUACACAGCCCCUCCAAUAAACUGCACGGCUCCACUAUCCCCACCACUUGAACCAACUACAGCUGCUCCAUGUAAUUGUAAUUGUAAUUGCGCCAGCAUAUCUGAAGGGAGUCGAUUUGAUGCAGCUGUCUCCAUCAGCGUGGUUGUCACGGCAAUUGUGUUCACGAUAAUAGGAUUAUUUGUGGGACUCUUGAUAAUUUAUUUGUUCAUUCAUAAGAAGAAUGUGUACUCCCCGUCAGCUAAAGAGCAAGCUAACGUAGGACCCACUGCACCAGCUGGUCCUGUUUAUGAGGAGGUGUCACCCAAAGAGGAGAUUGAACUGAAUACUAACCAAGCGUACGGACCUGUAGGACUGUAAAAACUCUCAUCAACAGUGUAGAUAUACAUGUAAACAAUUAAUAUAGCACUACAUCCGUUUAUUAUCAACAACUUAAGAACAAUGUAAACAAUAACAUUGUUCAUUAAAAAGCCACUACCGUACUUAUUUGAUUUAAAGCACCCCUCCAAAUAUGCAACACCCUCAAUCUUUUGAUUUUGUGAAAAAUAAUGUGUAA